UAUGGAGCUUCGCGUGGCACAUGUUGGUUAUGUUACAUCGAAAGUUUUAUCAAAACCUUGUAAUAUCAAUCAGAUACGCAUGCAUCAAUGGAAAAAUUGUUCUCAGUUCCCGGCUAUUUAAUAUCAUUAUGGGAAGAGAGCUUAAUUUUAAACCGAUACAAUACAACAGAAGUCUAGUUAGUUUAGCUGCGUUUAGGUUAAGUGGUUCUUUCCUUUGAACUUUGACAAUAUGAUAUUUAGAAAUUCGAAAGAAAUGUAUCUUAACGUCUAUCGGCUGUUGAAAUGCACCUGCGUGAAGCAGAUACACACCAGCGUAUCGAGAAAUUUAAUGAAAAACCAUUCUAACAGCGCUUUUCAAAAGAAAUUGCGCUCCACCGCACUCUACUGGGCUGGAGUCGGUGUUCUGGUAGUCGGAUUGAGUUACUCCGCAGUGCCUUUAUACAGAAUGUUCUGCCAGUCGUACAGUUACGGUGGAACGAUAUCGGCUGGUCAUGAUGCUAGCAAAGUAUCCACGAUGUCACCUGUUAAGAAUAGGAAGAUCAAAAUUAAGUUUAAUGCAGAUGUGGCAACGUCGAUGCAAUGGAAUUUCAAGCCACAGCAAAGGGAGAUUACGGUUAUUCCUGGAGAGACGGCCUUAGCAUUUUACACAGCCACAAAUCCGACCGAUCAUCAGAUCAUAGGAAUAUCCACAUAUAAUGUUUUACCUUUUGAAGUAGGACAAUAUUUUAAUAAAAUACAGUGCUUCUGUUUUGAAGAACAGAUGCUCAAUCCGCAUGAACAAGUUGACAUGCCAGUAUUCUUCUACAUCGAUCCAGAAUUCGUGGAGGAUCCAAAGAUGGAGUGUGUUGACGAGAUAAUUCUCUCUUAUACGUUUUUCGAGGCUAAACCAGGAUUUAAUUUACCCGUACCGAGCUACGCCAAAAGUCAUUCAACAAAGUAAAGCGUAAUUGUUCCUAAUUAUUAGAAUUAUUAGAAUUGUACAAAUAAAUAAAUAUUUAAUAUAUAUAUA